GUGAGGCGUGAGUCCUUGCAGGCGGGAGGCUGUGCGCCGCUGGUUCGCGCGUGCAGCAUGCUGCUUUUGGCUUUAGGCUCCUCGGGGGCCGCCGGACUGCGGCUCGGCGGGAGACGGACGGCCUUGUGGAGGGCCGCCGCGCUCCGAGGCCCCAAAGCGGCCGUCUGCCGGGCGGCCUCCACCGGCCGGCCCUCGGGGCUGGUUCGCGGCGGGAGCGUGGGGCUGCGGGGAGCCGCCUCCUUUCUCCGGAAUCGCGAGCUGGCGCAGAUACCUGUUUGUUGGGAAGGAUGUGUUCGAUGCUUACGUACACAGAUUGACAACUCAGAAGAUGGAAGACUGAUUUAUACUGGGAAUCUGGCCCGGGCAGUAUUUGGUGUGAAAUGUUUCUCUUACUCUACAAGUGUGAUCAGUCUUGCAUUUCUACCAUACAUUUUUGCACAAAAUAAUAUGUUUGGAAGUCUGCCUUUGCAAGUCUUAUUUUAUGGCAUCAUAGGAAGCUUUACAUUGAUCACCCCAGCUCUGCUUCACUUUCUUACGAAAGGCUACGUUAUUCGGUUAUAUCACAAGGCUGCAACAGACACUUACAAAGCCAUUACUUACAGUGUUGUGCUUUCAGAAACAAGCACAGUGUUUCACCAGAGUGACGUGAGGAUUCCAGACAGCACACAUGUGUUUACCACAUUUUAUGCUAAAACAAAAUCACUGUUAGUUAAUCCAAUGCUCUUUCCAAACCCUGAAGACUAUGACCAUCUAAUGGGUUAUGACAAACCAUUCACUUUUGAUAUGGAAGAAGACAGUGAAAAAAAACAGCUUAAGGAUGAGAAAUGAGAGCCUGUCGUUUUUAUUUGUACUUAAAUGUGAUUUAUGUUUCAGUAUGUAAUAAUAAAAAUUGCCUUUACUUUUGUUUUCUGUUAGUAAUUGUUAAAAAUAAUUUGUAUUAUCAGUUGUGGAUUAAUUUUCAGAGAAUUACGUUUCUUUAUAAUAAAAUAAGCUAUAUUUGAGAAAUCAAACAUAGUUUUAUAUCAUUUGUGUUUAAAGAAAAGUGUGACUAUAUCUGUACAGGUUGGUAUGUGUGUGGUUAAUUGAAGAGCUAUAUAAUAAAUGUGAUUGCCUAUAAACUGUGUCAGAUGCCAAAGGCAAAUGGGAAAGUUACUUUUUCCUUUGUGUUUAGAUUUUUCUAAUUGUGUGAAUAUUGUUUUCAGACAUUAAAAAGCAUGCUGAAAAAUUAAAAAAUCUUGGGAAUUAGUGUUUAUU